AUGUUUUCGCAAUUAGCAGUUAAUUGGUUACGAAUACCGUUGCUACUGCUCCUGUUACAACAACCACACUGCUGUUCAUCAACUGAACAACUAACACUCGAUAUGCAAAAAUGGGCUGGUCUUUUGAGCGAGCAUCUGCAGGAAAUGUUUAGUGGUGCUACAAGGGAAAAUGAUAUCAUUGCGAUGUAUAAAAAUUACGGCGAAGUUGAAAUAUUCGAUCCUCAAAAAGAGCUUAAAAGGGCAAAAAAUGCAGUCGAGGCAUAUUUGAAGCGACGUGCUAAAGUUGCAUGGGAAGCGAAAGUAUCCUUGGAAUCACGCAAUCUCGCUAAUCUCACUGAGCACGAUGUAAAUGAUCCGACAAGCACGCAUUUCAUACGCUUCAUGGCUGCCAAGCAAGAAACUGAUGCUGCCCGAGUGUAUGUGCACGAUCAUACCGCUAGUGUUAUCGAGGUAAACAGCACACGACGGUUUAAUUUAACACCGAAUGCUAAUUUUUAUGGAAUUUCAACUAGUUUACUAUCUUCUGCUGUUCAUGUUCCAACACCAGUUUAUGACCGAAAUCCGGAAGUGUUGUUGAAGAUAGACUGGUCUAAUAUCGAUCAUUUAUACCGAACAAAUCAGGAAGAGACGCAUGACCUCGCUUUUCAGAUGUUUUGUUCGGAGUCUGGGUUUAUGCGUUACUAUCCAGCAGUAUCGUGGGUAUGGGACAAUCGUGCAGAAAAACUUGAUUUAUUUGACUGCAGAAGUACGAAAUGGUACAUAAAUGCUGCAACGUUGUCGAAAAAUGUAAUUAUAAUGUUAGAUAUGUCUGGCUCAAUGCUUGGCCAGAGAUUCGAAAUAGCCAAACAAACUGUGGAAGCAAUAUUGGAAACACUCUCCGACAAUGAUUUCUUCAACAUAUUACUUUUCUCAAAAACAGUUGGUUUUUUGGAUGAAUGUAGUGAAAAGGCUGGGUUAUUGCAAGCGACAGUUCGUAACAAGAAGAUGUUACGAGCUCGACUGAAUAGUAUAUCGUCGGAGGGUAAGGCAGAGUAUGAGAAAGGCUUGAUUAAAGCCUUCGAAACAUUGAUGAAACUUCCUGGAUCAGUCAAUUUCACGACGCCUGAAGAAUUGGCAGUGCGUCGAGAGCUAGCUGGUGGUGUACUACCUGCUGAUGUUCAUUACAUCGCUGUUCAAGAUCAUAUCCUUGUGAUCCCGAAUCAUCUUUAUCAGGCAAUGCAUAAUUAUACGGGAAAAAAGGCGCAGUUUGGUUGCAACGACAUCAUUAUGUUAAUUACUGAUGGAGCACCCAGUUACUUCAAACAGAUCUUUCAGCUAUACAAUAAAAAUAAAUCGGUUCGUUUCUUUUCAUUUCUAAUAGGGGAAGAAGCAACAGAUGUGGCACAGGUAAAAUGGAUGGCUUGUGAAAACAAAGGUUUCAUGGUGCAUAUAAGUAAUUUGGCUGAUGUACAAGAAAAAGUUCAGCAUUACAUUAAAGUAAUGAGUCGGACAGUCGGUAAGCAUGGUACAAGUUUUGGUGAAAGAGAUGCCAUCUGGAGUGGUAUAUAUAAGGAGCGAUUGCUAACAAUCAGUCAAAGUUCAGUGAAGAAAAAAUCCCGAAUCAAACGUGUGGAUCCAAGGACAGAAAUGUUGGUUACAACAGUGAGUUAUCCUGUGAUCCAAGGUGAAAAGUUGAUGGGAGUUGCCGCCGUUAGUGUACCAGUCACUGAGUUAGCACAACUGGUUCAUAUCAUAAAUUUUGGAAGUCAAAGCUAUGGAUUUAUGCUGGAUAAUAAUGGUUAUGUGAUGUUCCAUCCACAAAUGCGCCCUCUAGAUCCGGAAACAAAGCAAAUGAAAUUGAAUUAUAACAAUAUCGAUAUUUUGGAACUUGAAGUACCUCAAAAUCAACAAAUAUUAAACGAUCAUUUAUCAGUGAAGAAUCGUUUACAGUACGAUACUAGUGAGAUGCGUAGUUCAAUGAUUAAUUGUGAUAAUGGCAAUGCGUAUACUUUGGAUAUAUUAUAUGCAACGACCAACUUGGAACGUGUGUACCGUCAAUCGAACAAAUAUUAUUCUCAGUGCCUGAAACAAUCGCUUUUCACUAUUGGAUUAGCAGUAGCGAAGGGUGACGAGAAACGAAUAAAACCAAAAAAAGAAAUAAACUAUGGUGAUGUGAAAUUAUUAUGGUAUGAUAUGCCAAACUGGUUGAUGCAUCCCACCUGGCGUUAUUGUUUACUGAACAAUCGCGACACGCAUUUAACUCCCGAGGCUGCCUUCCGUGAGUAUGUCCGAAAAAUGCGUAUAGAUGGGCGUCUGCCCAAACAUUGUGAAUGUCGAAAGCCUCUCAUUGACCGUUUUCUGUUUGAUAUGAAGGUAACAAAUGGUUUGACAAAUUUAUGGGAUAUCAACUGGAAAGACAAUAAAAAAAAACAAAUUCAUCUUGUUUGGUUUGCUACCGCUUCGGGUAUGAUAAAAUAUUGGGAUGAAUUACCAGAUGGAUUAACAAAUGUUAAUCCUCAUUUGCCACUUAUGAUGACAUCAGAAACCGCAUCAGUACAGAAGUCAGCAACAGUUACUAUGGGUGCUCAAGCAAUGCCGAGGCAGCAAAUGAGCUAUCAGCACUUUAUUAAAGACUUAAAUCGUCGUUCCAGUGAAGAUCAGUACUUUCAACGCAGCGUUCGUAUGCCGGGGCGUUUGGUUGUUGAUGUAAAUAAAGAAACCUAUCUUUGGUAUCAAAAGGAGACGCAAUCAGCAUACGGUCAUCCAGAAAAUGUUUCGCUUCUUCUAACAGUCACUAAAGCACUUGAUAUUGAUGGUGCAUUACUUGGUGUAGUGGGAUUGGAACUGACGUUAGACUGUAUGGCAAAAAUAAUGAAGAAAUUUGGUUGUGGGCCACAGGAUGAGCGCCGAUGGUGUUUUCUAUUGGAUGAGCAUGCAUACAUUGUUUAUAGUAGUUUAAAUACUUCUAUAAGUAGCACUGGUGGAUUUUCUGGAGGUGAAGCAGGAGUCCCGAAGAAUUUCGAUUUGUUAGGACGCUGGUUUGGAUCGGUGAAUCGAAUUACAGAACGGACAAUGACGCUACUGCUGAGAAAUAACUAUUACACUGAAACAACUUAUGUUGAUUAUCAAGCAAUCUGUAAACAGAAUGAAAUGGUUAUGUAUACUGCUGGUGCUGCUUUUAGAGUCAAUGCAAUAUUUGGGUCGUUGUUGCAGAUUUGGAAUCGACUGUUGGCAUUAUUGCAGAAUUUUGCUAUUGUUCAAAUAUUCACAUCAUUAAUACAUCCUUACGUUGAUGCGUACACUGCAACGUUUACUGGUGAUACCGACACAUUUUCAUGUGAUAAAGCAACGAAGUACUAUUUGGCAAAUUGGGGCAUAGAAAAUUGGUCAGGUAAUGGGUCGAGAUGGGAGAUGCCUAAAUCGUCAGCACUAAUUGCUGAUAAUUUAGCCGAGCGCCCGUGCAAGCAUAAUCCUGCUAAAUGUGCUGUAAAAAUGUAUGCUCAUUGGGUACCAAAUACCAAUUUGCUGUUAGUUAUUAUUGUGCAGAGCAAUCCGGUAUCGAGUUCCUCUGUUUGCUAUGAUGAAACGCGGUGUCCUCUUUCAAUACCACCAGAAUUUAUCACUACAUUCAAGCAGGUGGAUAACGCUUCAGAUAAACAGCGAGUAAUCUCAAACAUAAACGUUGUGGAUUCAUUUUCCGAAGAUAUUAGCGAUAGGAGAUGUCGACAUGUCCAUGCAAAGCAACGUAAAUCGCCAUCGAAAUGUGUACAUUCUAAUGAGGAUGAAUCGCAAUAUCCAUGUUCACAAACGGCAUCUCGUUUGGUGUCGUUUGAUACGGGAAUUCCUUUACUGGUUGCUAUCAUUUGUAGACUAGCAUAUUCAUAUUAUGAUUUGUCAGAUUAUUAG